AUGGUACAGACCAUAUGGGAAAAUAAGAUCUCUCCAUCACUGUUAAGCGAUGUAUGUGGGCAAACAGUUAUUAUCGGACUUGGCCGACUUGGAAAAGUCUCCCUGUUGAAGCAUGGAUUUCGAAAGACUCGUAUGAGCCUCUCCAGAUGGUCAAAACAUGGCCAAACUACACUACUGGUGGCCGGACAUGAUCCUCCUAUUGACAUUACCAUGUAUCUGGACAUAUCUAUUAAUCCUGGCCCACAAUUGUCGAAUACGAUCGAAACUAUAAUCACAAACAGAACAGAAUCUACGCCAAGAAAUCGAUUUCGCCAUUAUUCAAAUUUAGUGCAAAUUCUGGCUGCACCGGCUAUUGUUUAUAACAAUACAGCGCAACUAAUUAAGUGUUGCGUAUUGAACGCUCAAUCACUUAGAAACAAAGGUCCUGAAUUUGUUGACUAUAUUUGUGAUUCGGAAAUCGAUAUUGCCGUUAUUACUGAAACUUGGCUGAAAUCUGCUGAUGCUGCUGCUAAAAUCGCUGCCACACCAACUGGAUAUCGCUUGUUUAACCAUCCUCGCCCACAUAGAAUUGGUGGUGGCACUGGCAUCUUAGCGCGGGACUCACUUGUAAUUAAACCAGCAAGAGCGGGUAUAUUCAACUCUUUUGAGUAUUCAGAGUAUAUUAUUGUUUCUGGCUCAUCUCGCGUACGCCUUGUUGUAAUCUAUAGGCCUCCUUACUCGUUCAAUCACCCGGCUACUGUGAAUAUGUUUAUCACUGAAUUCGCUGACUUUCUGGAAUCUGUUGUCAUGACGAUCGAGCCGCUUCUGAUAGCCGGUGAUUUUAAUAUCCAUGUCAACAAGCAGUUGGAUAACGAUUGUGGUAGUUUUCUCGAUCUCCUUUCAUCAAUGGGCUUACAGCAACACAUUAAUUUCCCCACGCAUACUUCUGGUAACACUUUAGAUCUGCUGGUAACCCGAACUUUGGAUUCUGAUAUCAUAAAGGAAAUCCAACCUGAUAUCUAUUUUUCUGACCAUUGUUCCAUAUUAUUCUCCAUAAACAUCUCCAAACCGCGACUGUCAAGGAAGAAGGUAACUUUUAGGAAAACGAAAGCUAUUAAUACAACCACAUUCGUGGCGGAUCUGUCUGCUACUAAAUUGUGUCAGCACCCUCCAUCUGAGCUAGACAAGCUAGUAGAUUGCUAUAAUACCACACUAACAGAUUUAUUGGAUCACCAUGCUCCUCUCAAAACCAAGACUGUUACGGUUAGACCUCAAGUGCCUUGGUAUUCGGAGGAAGUUUGUGUAGCGAAGAGAGAGCGUCGACGAGCUGAAAGGAAAUGGAGGUCUUCUGGGACUGCUGCUGACUUUGAGUCAUUCAAGAGGAAAAAAAAUCGUGUAACUCAUUUGCUAAGAGUAGCUAAAUCGGAAUUUCUCACUGACUUCAUUGAUCAGAAUGCGGACAAUCAAGGCAAAUUAUUUCGAGCUGUGAAAGACCUUUUGGUUGAGAAGAACACGCUAUGUUUCUCUGACUAUACGGAUACGACAGCACUGGUAAACGAGUUAGGGAUGUAUUUUGUACAGAAAGUUAUUCGGAUUCGAGAUGAGCUCGAUUUGGGUAUCGCGACUAUGAACGAUGUCCCGGAUUAUAGUGGCACUAUACCUGACCCACCGGCUCCAUCUGUUUUUGAAUCAUUUGCGUUGUUGACGGAGGACAAUGUGCGCAUGCUCAUUGCCAACUCUAAAUCCACAUCGUGCUGUCUUGAUCCUGUCCCCACGCCUCUACUAAAAUCAUGUAUCGAGUCUCUUAUACCAGUGAUCACUAAAAUAAUUAACACCUCAUUGGAAUCAGGAGUUUUCCCUGAGGACUGGAAAGUGGCCGUAGUCAAACCAUUGUUAAAGAAACUGGGCCUUGACCCGCUGUUUAUGAACUUGCGUCCUGUUAGUAACUUAGCUUAUAUCUCUAAGCUCAUUGAGCGUGCUGUAUUUAAUCAGAUUUAUGACCACUUGGUUCAGUCAGGUCUUUAUCCUCUACUACAAUCAGCUUAUCGUCAGUACCAUAGCACAGAGACAGCGCUACUCAAGGUUGCUAACGAUAUUCUUAUGAAUAUGAACUCGCAACGCGUUACGUUACUUGUCCUUUUGGAUUUAAGUGCUGCGUUCGAUACAGUGGAUCAUGAGAUUUUACUGUCACGCUUGUCUUCGAGUUUUGGUAUUCGGGGAAAGGCUCUAGAGUGGUUUUCUUCAUAUUUGUCAGGGCGUAGCCAGCGCAUCGUGUUUGACGGAGUUACAUCAGACAGCUGUGAUGUGCGCUUUGGGGUCCCACAAGGGAGUUGCCUUGGUCCGCUUCUCUUUGUUAUGUACGCUUCAAAGCUUUUUGAGAUUGUUCAAGCACACCUCCCUGAUGCCCAUGGUUUGCCGAUGAUACGCAAUUAUACCUGUCAUUCAAUCCUAAUAAUCCCGCUCAUCAAACGGAGGCGGUGUCUACCAUGGAGGGAUGUAUUAGUGACUUGAGAAAAUGGAUGUAUCAGGACAAGCUAAAGUUAAAUGACGAUAAAACUGAAUUUCUUAUCAUCGGAUCUAGACAACAGAUUUUGAAAGUUAACCCAUUCGCGUUGGCAAUACCGAGAUCAAGCAAGUUUCGGAAGCGCGUAAUCUGGGCUCUUGGUUUGAUUCAAAUUUAUCCAUGUCCACCCAUAUUUCAAGUCUUGUGGUGCUACAUUUUGCUGGCUACAUAAAAUCAAGCGCAUCAGUAAAUUCUUUGCAAAGGAUCAAUUAGAAAUGAUCUUGCAUGCCUUUGUUACAAGUAGAAUUAACUAUUGCAACGGACUUCUCUAUGGAUUGCCGGCCUGUGACAUAGUUAAAUUACAGCGAGUUCAGAACGCUGGGGCAGGGUGCUAACGUCUACUACCAAGUACAGCCAUAUUACGCCUGUUUUACAGGAACUACGUACACUGGUUGCCAGUUAGGUUUAGGAUUCAUUUUAAGAUUUUACUUUUAACUUUCAAAGCUCUUAACGGCUUGGCGCCAGAUUAUAUUAGGGAACUUAUUAAGAUAAGGAAACAUGAACGUUACUCGCUCCGUUCCAAUUCGGGUAUUAUCAUCUCACAUCCAGUGGGGAAGAUGUUAAAAUCAUUCGGAGACAGAUCUUUUAGUGUGGCUGCGCCAACACACUGGAAUGCACUUCCUGUUAGCCUUCGGAGUAUCAGUUCUCUUUCAAUUUUUAAAUCCUCUCUGAAAACAUAUCUUUUUAAGCUAGCUUUUAGCCUCCAUUAAAUGUAUAUAUUUAAGAUUAUUAAUAGUCGCAUGUAUAAUAGAGUGUAUUGUAAUGCGCUUUUGAUCAUUGUAUGUAAAAAGCGCAAUAUAAAUUAUUAAAUUAUUAUUAUUAUUAUGAGCGUCAAGAAUGAUUUUAGCGGCUGUGUUGUGCAGAACUUGAAGGCUGUUCAUCAGGACAGAGAUGUUUUUAUCACCCCACACAAAAUCAGCGUAGUCAAAGAUCGGCAUGAUCAGGCUAUAAUGUCACAGUUAUUAAUAAUAAAGUAGGAUAUAUAGUGUAAACCUUCACUUGACGUAGCAGAUAUAGUGCGACUUGAACUAAACGGUGUUUAAGUUAAUCCUCUAGUACAAAAUAGAAAUUUUUACAAACACUCUUGUCGGAAUUGUGCCUAUAUAUAGCAUCUUCUGGAAUAAUUUGCAGAGGUUUUUAGGGCAUUACGUACAAUUGUUUUACUUUGGAUGAAUUGCAUGGCAGCUUUCGGGAUGAUGUUCAGGCGGAAUGUUGAUGUGUUCUAUCUGCGUGAUUAAAUUAUAAAACGCAGCAUCAAACUCUUCUUUAUUUGUGUAUCAUUUCUAUUUACAGAAAUCGCUGAUCUACAAAUAAGACUGAAUGGCUCAGGUAAUAACAUCAGUGGACGAGUGGAGAUCUUCAAUCCAAACUUCGGCUGGGGUACAGUCUGUGAUGAUUCCUGGGAUAUUACCGACAGUGAUGUUGUCUGCCGUCAGCUGGGUUUCACUGGAGCGAAUGCGAAAAGAAAUCGAGCUUAUUAUGGUGAAGGAAGUGGUCCUAUCUUACUUGAUGAUAUUGGAUGCAAUGGUAAGGAAUCAUACAUUUGGGAUUGCUCUCAUGGUGGAUGGAAUAAAACCAACUGUAGACAUUCGAGAGAUGCAGGUGUGGAAUGUUUGUGCAAGAAAGGUUGCACUUUUGAUGGAGCGAAAUGUGUUGGUAUGUAUCUUCUUAUGUACCUAGCAUUUAAAAAAUAUCUGUACGUUAAUCACUGCACAAAUGUCAUAAUUAUUGUUUCUGUAUUUCAUCAUGAUUUCUUUCCGGUUAAUCAGACGUUCCCGUUUCACAAGAUAUUCACGUCGUGA